UCCAUUUAGAUAGUUGCGUAUGCGCAAGUGUUGUACUUUCAAGAUUUACUUUAACUUAUAUAUCUUUAUUAUAUCUCUUAUUUCGAGUUAUCGUUUUUGUUAUAAAAAAAAUAAUACUGUCACAUAGGUUUUAGUCAAUUUUUAUCUCCAACUCCAUAAUAUUAUCAAUAUUGACGUCGCGAGUGACGAUCAAAACAUAAGGAAAACAUCGCUUUUAAAAUGCUUGCGAAUGUGGAACUGCGUAAAUUACCAGCGGGCGCUCUCUAUGAGGUUAUUAACACUUUAGAAACCAAUAGUGAUUGGAAAAAUGUUAUGUCAAUUAUACCAAAGAAUCUUGGUAGCUCUGAUUUUGAAAAAAAAUAUACCGAGAAAGAUAUAAGACUUAUUGAAAAUUAUUCAAAAAUAAGUAACAGGCAAUGUGCUGAAAUAAUGAUCGACGAGUGGGGAACUUCAGGACAAAUAAGACCAACAUUGUCCACAUUAAAAGAGAUUGUACUGAAGGCAAAUAUCUUGAAAGCUGCAGAUCAAAUUGCCGGUCUCCUUCAUGAGAACCGACCGCCUCGACCGAGUGAUGGUCCUGGAGCAGAUAUUGAAACAGAUGUAUCAAUCAUAUUAGAAAAUGAACAGAUGAAUGAAAGAUUCAAUUCCUUUGAUCCAACCAAGAGAAUUCAGAAUGACACAUCUAAAGACAAAAAUGUAUGCAACAUUAGCACUGUGCCGAUGAAAACUGAAAAUGGAGAUAUCAGUUAUAAUAUUCCAGCUAUAGAUAUUUUGCGAACGGUAAAUAUAAACAGUAACUCUACACAAGUCGCGCAAUCAUCAAGAAAUAUACCUAAUUUAGACUUGAUGUUUCCCGAGUCACAACAGCUUAGUGUCAAAUCAUCUCAUAGUGGUACUAAAACAAAUUCUGAAAGUGAAAAAGGAACCUCUCUGGAAACUAAACCGAACAGUACAAACUUUUCCUUUCAACAAUCAUUACCUAAUAUAUCUGAUUUACACAGUCAUAUUGAUAAGGAAAUAUUAGAAGAUGAUAAUUUGAUUAAUUUUGAGUACAGAGAAUUGGAAAACAUAACAUCACAGUUCUCUGAAACAAUAGUAGAUGGUCCAUAUGGUCCUAGUGGAAAAAUAGGCAGUGGCGGGUUCGGUGAAGUCUUCUUGGGCUAUCAUCCUCAAUACAGAAUACCUCUUGCUGUUAAAAAAAUUCAUACCCACUUACUGUGGCCAACACACAAACCAAAUAUGGUGAUUGAUAUGUUCAACACCGAAGUUAAAAAUUUGAUUCAAUUUAGGCAUAAAAACAUUGUUCCGAUACUGGGAUUCUCUAUGAAUGGACCUGUUCCAUGUAUCAUUUGUGAAUAUGUUGACGGAGGUUCGUUAGAGGAACAGUUGGCUACUAAAAAACUGACAGAAAGACAACGAAUUGAUAUAAUGAUGGGUACGGCUGAGGGUUUAAAAUAUUUACACACAAGUGAACAUAUAAUUCCAAAUACCAGUACAGCAGGUGACUCCAAUACACAAAAUGUUGUAAAGAAAAAUAAUUUUGUUCACCGUGAUGUGAAGAGUGCUAACAUUCUCCUCACAAAGGAUUGUGUCCCUAAGAUCUGUGACUUUGGACUUGUUAAACAAUAUGAUUUAACAUUUGUCACCACAUCCCCAAUGGGCACCUCCGCUUACAUGGCCCCUGAAGGAUUUUAUGGCACCAUUACUCAGAAAAUAGAUAUUUACAGUUACGGAGUUGUACUUUUAGAACUGCUUACUGGUUUAACUCCCAUUGUUACUAACAGUAAUAAUGAUAGAAUACACAUAAAAGAUUUUGUCAAAGAAAGUAUCAAAGAAAAUGGUGAUAUUACUAGUAUUUUAGAUUCAAAAGUUGAAAAUUGGACAAAAGCUAAAGAGAUAUAUGAACUUUCUAGAUGUUGUUUACAACAAGAAAGGUUCAAUAGACCAUCUAUAGAGGAAAUUUGUGAUACAUUGUCUGAUAUGAGCAAAUAAAUAUAUUUAAAUAUCGUGAAUAGGUGAGUUUGAAAUCUAAUAUCUCACUAUUUUAUUAGCAAAACAAUCAAACUGGUUUUAAAAAUGUUAUCAUUCUAAGAUCACAAUUCUAUAAAUGAAUUCCUUAUUAUAUAGAAGUGUUAUUGUGAUAGCUCUAAGCUUUAAAUACUCACAAAUUAUAUUUUGUUACACAUUUAUGAAAUAAAAAAACAUUUUAUGUUA